AAAUGGAAAUGCAUUAACACACAUCCAGUAAAUAAUUAUUCAAUGAGGCUUCAACAAUCAUUCAUAGUUUUACCAAGGGCUUUGUAGGACCCAGCUGGUGAGAGUUCCAGAGGCUUGAGAUGAACCCUCAGAAGGGAGGUGUCAGGGGAGGAUCCUACCCCAAAGCCCCACCAUGCACAGCCCCUCUGAAGCCUGUGCUGUGCUCCGUCCCAGAAGACCUCCAGAAGGAGUUGCUCUACUUGAAAAACAAGGUGUUCCCCCAGCUUAAUGCCCUUUGCCAGGCCAGAGGCACCUGCUUCACUCCUGUGGAUGUUCAAUGGGAUAAUGAUCAGGCCGACCGCAGGUCCUACGACCCUGCCAUCCAUAGGCCUCCCCUCUCCUCCCAGCAGCUGAAGGUCAGCCUGGACAUCAUCACACACUCCUCCUCCUUCAUCUGUCUCCUGGGUCAUCAAUAUGGGCCGUCCAGGCGAGAGGACUCCCCCCCGCUUCCAGCCCCUGGCCCUGCACGAGAGGUCCUCUCUGGGCUGGAUCGGAACCUGUGUGUGGCUGCGGAGGGAGGCUAUCCCUGGAUCCUCACGGGAAAGAACCCGACCAGCUCGGUGACAGAGCUGCAAGUCACCCAGGCGGCCCUAAUGGGAGACCCAAGACGAUGUUUCUUCUACUUCAGGGACUACUCUGUCCUGGGGGAGAUGUAUGAGGGGAAGGACGAGCAUGAGGAACGGAGGAGGUCUUUGCUGAGUGCGUUCUCCGAGAAGAGAGAACAUGAGAGGUGCAGGGUCCGAGCCCUGAAGAACCGCAUCGUGGCCAGCCUCCAUCCGGUGAGGUUCUUCCAGACCCUGGAGGAGCUGGGGGUCCUGGUGAUGAGGGACUGGAAGGGCCCGAUCGAGCAGCUCUGUGGGGCCCUGCUGGAUCAGUCUCCGGCUCUAGGCCACCGGGACUCCCUGGAGAGGUAUUACCAUGAAGGAUUCAUCCAUUAUCUGUGCCACUGGUUUGUUCCCUCCAGCCAGACUACAGCAGUGUUAGAGGCACUCAACACAUUCACUCACUGUCUCACCCAAAACACAUCUCAGAGUGACAGAUUUCUACCAAGGAAGUCAGCGCUCCGAACAACAAGUCUUCCUAACAGCUGGGAUUCAGAGAGAUCCAUGGUCCUUCUCUGUGGUGAGAGGGGUUGUGGGAAGACUUCGCUGGUUGCCUGGUGGAUCCAGGAGCUCCGAAAGACCCACCCUGGGAUCCUAGUGAUCCCUUACUUUUGUGGAAUCAGCAACUCCAGUGUGGAUAUUGGAUCUGUGCUGAGGCAGUUCACUGUGGCUCUACACCAGGCCUGUUACGGGAGCAAGCCUGAAUGGAAUGAAGGGCUGUCAGACCUGGUCAGGCCCAGACCGCUCCAUGUUGUGGUCCAGGCUUUCCUUGCUGCUGCUGCCCUGCGACCCUGCAUUCUGGUUCUGGAUGGACUCGACCGUCUGAAUGGAACCCUGGGCUUGUCAAUGCAGGAGGUGAAAGAGUUGAGCUGGCUCCCAAGCCCUCUGCCCCCCCAGUGUAAGCUGAUCCUCACCACCACUUCCACGGACCUCACCUACAAGAGCCUGACCCUGCGCCCCGACGUCCACGCCCUGACCUGCCCCGGCCUGUCUGACCCCGGGGCCCGCCGCCGCCUGCUGCUCCACCACCUCACCCUGCCCAGCCUGGCGCCCCCUGCCCCCCUGCUGCAGGACCUCCUGAGGGGGAGGCUAGGCUGCCUGCCCCUGUACCUGGCUCUGGUGGCUGGAGAGCUGCAGACCUGUGGUGUUCUGAGGGGAGCUCGGGAGGUGGAGGGGCUGAUGGAGGGCUAUACGGAGGUGGACUCAGUGGCCGAGCUGUGGGUGAGGGUGGUCCAGCGCUGGUCACGUGACUACGGGGAUGGGGUGUAUGAGGGAACACCGAGCAUGGCCGAACAGACUAAACCUCUUGCUCUGGUCUCUGAAACAGAGCUGAGGGGCUGGGUGUGGGACUCUCUCUGCCUGGUCCACCUCUCCCGCUCUGGCCUGACAGAGGGGCAGCUCUGGGCCUUGCUGGAGGUUCUGGGUCAAAAGGUGCCACAGCCUCUGGAGUGGGCCCGCUUUCGUUCAGCUACCAUGCUGUGGAUUCAGGAAAAACCCAGCGGGGCGCUGAGCUUCACACACCAGUCACUGACCCAGGCCAUGGACCUCCUGCUGAUGAAGAUCCCCCCCAGGAGAGGCCCCAGGAGGGCCUACCAGCUCACCCUGGCCCAGUACUUCCAGGGGCAGAGCAGGGAGCCGGGCAGCUGGGGAAAGGUGUUAGAAGAGGUGCCCUGGCUCCUGGAGCAACGUGGGGCCUGGGGACAGCUGCAUGCCUUCCUCACAGACCCCGAGACUGUAGAACAACUGUCCUCAAGCUGGAACCAGUGUCCUCAGCUGAGGAUAGACAUAGCCAGGUCCUGGACUAUCUUGAUCCUCAAAGGUUACGACCCCUACACUUCAUAUCAGAGGCUGUUGGGAAAUGAAGUCCACGGUCCUCCCUCUGGUUUAAUAGAUCUAUGGGGGCCCUCACCUGGGAGGCGCACAGAUGCCGAUUCAGUACCGAGAGAAACAGCGAGCACCAAUGCCUUUGUCACCGAGACACAAAACCUAGACAAAGACGCAGUCUGGGUGUGUGAGUCACCAGUGAGGGCGAGAGCGGCGGUGUUUGUGUCUGAGCUGCUGCUCUGCCUGAGCAGGGAGCAGCAAGCAGAACGUCUCCUGCUGCAGGCCCUGGACACUCUCACACAGGCUGGAGAGGAGGACACAGAGAGAGCGGGGCUGCUGUUGGGCGUGCAGCACACCUUGGCUGAGCUGUAUGUGGCCAUGGGCCGGGCCGGACAGGCCGUGACUCACUUCACCUCGGCUCUGAGGACCGUCCAGACACUCGCCACCUCCUGCUCUCAGGAACCCGAGGGCAAGCUCGUCAGGAUAGGUCAGCUGCUCUGUACGCUCUGCCAGCUGAUGUCUGCUGAGGGUUGUGUGGAUGAGGCCUCCCGGAUUCUGAGUGACAUCAUCAGCCUAGGUCAUCGCCUGGUUCACCCGUGCGCUGAGGCUACGGUUUCUAUGCUCCAGGCGUCGCACAGGAUAAGCCUGGAUCAUCGAAAUGCAUGUGAGGCAGAGAGCCUUCUCCAAGCAGCCCUGGAGAUCAGGAGGAGCUGGUAUGGUGGAGAGCACCCUCUAGUGGCGGAGGUGGAGGAACGCCUGGCAGACGUCUGGGCAGUAAGCUACAACACAGGAUUGAAGCGGGCCGAGGCGGUGGAGUUGUAUCGACACGCAGUGCGUGUGAGAGGCCAGGAAAUGAGGCCCCCUCGCCCCCUCGACGCACCCCUCGGUCAGGCUAAGGGACGCAGUCUGGCCCUCACCCUGAUCAAACUUGGCAGGAUGCUUGGGCAGAGCUCCAGUAAGACAGAGAGGAGGGAGGCCGAGGAGCUGUUCCAGACAGCCCUGGAUCUGAGCCUCCGCUCUCUGGGCCCUGAACACACGCUCACCAAAGACAUACAACAGAUUUUGACCCGAGCGUUCAGGCAGACUGUGGCGUCCUGUGACCCCAUGUCCAGACCUCCGUCACACAGGAGGCUGAGUGGAGGCCGACCCUGCACAGCCAGCACAGUGUCCCACAGGGGCCCAUCACACACCCCUCUUGCCCCCUCCAGGACAAGGCCCCAGUCAGGCUGGAGUGUCACUCAAUCAAACCUAGACCCAGAAUCAGUAAAGAACCCCAAUCAGAGAGCAGGGUUGAGCCAGAUGGCCCCCUGGUCAGCUGUUCAGACCACUGUAUUUGGCCCAAAGAGUGACAUCAGUAACCUAACACCCAGGCCCAAAACUGCGCCAAGUUCGAGCUCACGUUCUGCUGACAGAACCAGGGUUCCGCAGCGGGCAGGCUGGUGCCACCUGCCAGGGCGGUACCUACUGGAGGACCAGAUGGUGACUGCUCUCAGCACACAGAUUGGUCCUCCAGUAUUGAGGCUCAGAUAUGCCCCAAUGCUCAGAAGACAGAUUCUGGCCCUGCCCCUCUGCGGGUCACGGAAGAGAACAGAUCAAAAGUUUUAGGAGGGAAGUUUAGUUGUUGAAUAUUUAUUGACAUAGUGAUGUGUAUACAUAACAAUUCUUAUUAAAUUCAUAUUUUUAUGUAUUAAUGACUAGCUUGUUCUAUGAAAUUCAGUGGAUCACAAUCUACAAUUAGAAUUAUCACUUGAUUCUUGUAGUUUUUAUGUUGGCCAGAAGAGGGCACCCUGAGCACCUGUGAGACAAGGUGAAGUGGGUAGAGUCUCAGAGGAUCUGAAUGAAAGGGUUUCUUGAGCAACAGCCUACUGUACGUUCCAUUUGCUGUGACGUGAAGUGUGUUUCUGUUUUAGCCGGUUUGGAUCACCAUGUGGGGUAAUCUCGAGUUAAGGUCAUGUGUUCUUGGCUGUGUGUGUGUGUGUGUGUGUUUGUGUGUGUGUACUGUGCAUGGCUCUUGCACCACUUUCUUUUAUUGGAUAAAUUGUUUUUUUUUUCAAUCAAGCUGACUCAUUGUGUCAUGGUUAGGGUAAACCAUUUGUGAUUUAAUUGUUUUUAAAGAAAUAUGCCAUCAUGUAAACCCAGCACUGUAAA